AUGGCUAGAGCAAUUUUGAUAGCAGUAUCUUUGGCGUUGCUUGUAGCUGCAGCUACAUCUGCACCUGUAAUCGAUGGACAAGGCAAGGACAUUGUAUCCGGAGUAUUCAUCCCAGCUGAUACGUUUAAGAACCUCCAAAACUCACAGAAAGGUGUCAAGUCUAAUGGGCAAGGUCCAGCCUUAUUAGAACAGCGAAGCACCGACACUGGGCCCACUCCAGCGGGGCAAAAUAACGGAAACAACAACCCAAAUCAGGGACAAAACACUGCUCAACAAAAUGUCAUCGUGAACCAGCAGCCAAAUCAACAGAAUGGACAAAACCAACAGAGUCAAAAUCAGGGUCAAAACCAACCUCAACAACAAGCUUUUAUCAACCAACCUAGCCAACAAACUUACGUAAGUCAGCCGUCUCAACAAUCGUCUUAUGGGAACCAACCUAACCAGCAACAAGUCUACGUAAGCCAGCAAACACAACAACCUUCAUAUGCAAGCCAGCAAAAUCAACAGCCUUCAUAUGUUAAUCAACAAAAUCAACAACCGAUAUACGUCAGUCAGCCGAACCAACAGCCCAUUCAGUAUGUAAGCCAAUCUGGACAGCCAAUCUUAGUCAACCGUCCAGGUCAACAACAAACAUUCAUUGUAUCUCAACCGAACCAACCGCAACAAAUCUUAAUUCAACGGCCGUCGUCUCAGCCAACCAUGAUCCUGACAACUCAGCCCAACGGUCAGCAAGUGCUUAUCCAACAACAGCCGAAUCAAGUGCUAGUACAACAACCAUCUCAACCCAACCAACAGUCUGUUCUAGUGGCACAGCAACCAAACCAGCAGACAGUGUUGGUCCCUCAACAGUCAGGUCAACAACAGAUCGUAGUUGGACAACAGCCAAACCGUCCUGAAAUCAUUCAGGGCCAACAAUCACAACCGCAAACGGUUUAUAUGCAACAAGUUCAACCCAAUGGUCAAACAAUUCUUGUUCAGCAACCUUCUCAGCAGAUACAGUCAAAUCAACAAACAAUCCUUGUGCCACAACAGUCAAACCAACCACAGCAAAAUGGACGAACGAUUCUGAUCGCACAACCCUCACAGCAGGGUAAUCAAGGAAGUGUUUACCUAAUGCCUCAAAAUCAACCCAAUCAGAGCAGUAAUCAAAUUUUAGUCCCUGUUCAACAAGGAUCCAGUCCUGUAUACACAAUUAAUACUGGGAAGUAA